AUGUCCUCCAACCGCCCCAACCCCAAUGAUCCCGAACACCUCACCUACGCCGCCCUCCUCCCCAUACUACCCCGUAUCCUCGAACCAGACUUCUUCAACUACUUCGCCGCCACUACGCACGGCAUCCACAUCAUGCGGGACGUCGUCGCACGCGCCGUGCCGCCGAGGGACCGGCCAGAAGUCAUGUUGUGGCUGGAUGAGUUGGAGGAACUCGGCGCUACUGGGUGGACGAUGUGGGUUAGGGAAUUUGAGCUGUGGAAGGCGAGUAGGGAGAAGACGAGAAAGGUUUUCCGGGCUUUGACAAGGGAGAAUGUGAGGUUAGGGAGGGAGGUGGCGGAGUUGAUGGGAGCGGGAUCAGGAGAUGCGGAGAUGGAACGAGAGGAUGUGGAGAUGAGAGAACGGGUUGCGGAUAUCGAACAACGGGUUGCGCAUAUCGAACGACAUAAUGAACGUGCGCAUCAACACAAUGCGAUUGCCGAACAGCAUAAUGUGGGUAUGACGGAACAUUUGGCGGACAUCGAACAACAAUUCGCAGAUAUCAGAAACUACAACGCCGAUAUCGAGUUCCUGAGAACCCAGGUUUUGGCGAUUGGAGACUGCACUGAUGGCCUUGAGGAGGUGGUCAAGAAGCAGGGAGAGACGCUGAUUGCUAUCUUCAAGGUCCUCCAGCUUCACGAUGCCGGUAUUCGGUCAAGCAUGGUGAGCGUGGACGGUGAAGUAAAGGAGGGCUUGAGGGGCGGUAUGGGUGGACGGGAUGAGGAUGAGGAGUUUGUGUACGAGUACGGUGGGUAUACGAAUUGGGAUCAGAUUGACAGUGCUGGGGACGGGGAUGGGAUGGCUGGAGCGUACAACCACGACCAGGACGAUUGUGAAUCGCAGAAGGUCAUCUACAGGCUUCGAUCUAGGAUAGGCGAACUGGAGGCGGAUCUUCGACAGCUCACGGCGGAGACUCGUGUUCAUGCACGUGUGGAGGAGAGGGAGGCUUCGCAGUGUUCGGACGCAAGAAAUCCGCCCAGUGCCUAUGAAGAUGUUAGCGAUGGCGAAGAAUCUACGAGCGACGAGGAACCGCAUAUGGGCAGAUCCCAAAAGAAAGCCACUACUUCGAUGCUCGUUGAAGUAGACAGUGAGGUUGGAAACAGGCAGCUGCACAGCCAUGUCACUUACACCUCACGCGCCUUAGAUGAGAAUGAGUAUCCGCCUCUGCCACCGCAGGCAACCAGGGACACGCCCCCGACCCGCGAAGACAGCCGUAAACGUCAUUCGGACAUACCAUUGAUCGUUACACAUGAGCUUCGCCAGGAAGAAGAGCGGCGUGUGGUCGAGAGGUACUCAAAGAUCCCUCUUCCUGCAGGCUUCACUAUUCCAUCGCAUGAUCCGUCUACACCCAGCAUUACGUUCCUCGGCGCAGCGACGGCCUACCACUUCCCGUACGGUGCGUCACUCAACCAUCUAAUGCGUGUCGUAAAACGCGAAGACGGAUAUGCGGGUGAAGGUGUCUAUGUCGUACGCGUGCGCGACUAUGUGGUGGAGUCUGAGCUUAAGAAUGCUAUUGCGCAGUAUUGGGAGAACCUCGGUCGUCAUGGUGAGUGGCGAUAUCUGUACGCGAACUGGCAGGGUGAGGGGAGCGGCAAUACGUAUAUCAUCAGUAAGAGAGACGUCAUAUUCGGAGACUGCGAAGAUGAGAACGUAGAUGAACCAGGCUCGAGAGGAGAGUGUGAGUGUGAAGACGACAGUCCCCACGAAAUUCACGAAACUAUGCAGAUUCGGCAUCCUGAUGAUCAAGGCGCCACCGAGGCGUUUGAUCGCCUUUACGAAGAUGGUAUCCAGAAAACGGUUGAUGCUUGUGGUCAGUCACCCCCAUCGAAAUGCACAAAGGCGUGGAUGAAUGUUGCGGACGUUGCGCAGGCGCGCAACGGCUUUCUUGAACGCGAGCUGGAAGCGUACAAGGAGAUCAAUUAUAGCCUCGUCCAGGACGUCCGCUGGCAAGUCGAUAUGCAGACAGAGUUGGAGGAGCAACUCAAGACUGUGGAGGAAGAGAAGUCGGCGGCGGUGACUGAGUUGCGGGCUCUGAAAGCUCGGCUGGCGCAUGUGAGUGAGCUGUUGACGUCUCUUCCGAACAGUCCAGCUCCUGAAAUGAACGAGGAGCAGUCCGAAAGUAGGUAUAGCGGUCAUUUCCAGUCUGGAAUCAGAGGCGGCCAUGGUUCUCCGAAUGCUUCUCCGCAAGAGCACUGCCAUCGGUCGUGUUGCGAGGAGUCUACAAGCAUCGACGCCGAACAGCUCGAAAGCGAAGUCCCAAGCACACACCAAUCAUCUGCGACAGCCUUUUACUUCUUCCCACGCGUUUCGACCAUCGCCCUGCUCAGCGAACCGGUGCGUCUCUUCCAGUGGCCAAGGAAUACAACACUCCAACAGAUUCGGGAGAUCUUAGAUUACCGCCAUGCACAUGGUACCGAAGAUGACCCCUUCGCAAAUCAAGUCCGAGAGAUCAUGGAAUCACGAGAAGAGAUGGGUAUCCGGCUACCAGACCCUUUGCAAGAUGAGGCGGUGCUGAUCAGAACUCCUGGCGUUGCUAACGCAGUUUGGUGUGACGAUCAUGUGAGCAUUGCAGCAUGGGAGACCUUCGAUUCGGGUAUUGAACAACGCCUCGACAUCGGCCAGAACCAUUCCGACGCUGAAGAUGAGCGAUUGUGUCUUUCACCGUCGAGCAGUGACGACGAAGACCGGUACCAUGAUAUUGGCGGCUUAUCUGAUGCCUUUGACGGCCGGAUCAGAGUAGGUAGUGAGAGGAGUUCACCGACUUUCUGCCCAUGCACUGUGUGUACCGUCGAUGAGACAGAUAUAUUAUUCAGUACACAGAAUACCUAUACUCCAUCCUUAGGCUCUAUUCGUGGCGGUGGAUAUGAAGAGCCUUUUCCACCUUCCCCGGUAUCCUACGACCAAGAAAAUUCCAACAUCAUUCAAGAACCAAAGAGCGAGGAAGGUAAAGAUCAUGAGCCAGAAGAGAACGAAGACCUACCUCCCCCAACCCAAGAUCCAAAACUACCCCCGAUUCCAUCUCGUGUCCAAUCACCCCUCCCAAGAGGGCUCUUCUCUGCUAUGGAACCAGAACAGAAGGAGCAUUUCCGGAAAGCGUUGCGAAGGAAAGCCACUCCAAAAGUCCCUGGGCUUCAACAUCUCCCCUGGAACGCCGAUGGCUACGAUCCCAUAACGAGUAUACACAACCCCUGGAAAGCUCUUACUCUGCCCACCGCCUCAGGUAAUGAACUCGAUCGCUCCUGCAAUUUCAACUACGAAUACUCAACACCUCCUGAUGGCAGAUUUUCCAUUCUCGACGAAUCCGCAGCUGACACAUCGGUGACUCCUGUAGGUGGGCUGCAGUUGACUCAUCAGCAGUUACGGCGCGCUGAGUGGAUAAAUACGCAUCUGAACUCAUAUGUGCCUCCCAACUCUCCUACUAGUCCGAAGCUAUCUCAGAACUUGCGUCCGUCGGACAGUCCAGAAUUACCUGAUAGUCCAAGUAUCCCAGAUGCACAUAAGAUCUUCGAUGUUGAUAAGUACAUUAGAAGGGAGGUGCAGUGGCCAACGGCAAUGCGACUCCACGGCGCGCAGAAUCUCGGGGAACCGCUGGCGGAAAGCAGUAGGCACAAGUGGCAUCAUAUCAAGGAAUGGCAUCAUCCCAAGGGCAAGGGGUGCGAAGAGCACGCAGCUUACCUCGACCCUCGGAGAACCAGGUGCGAGUUUUGCUUCGCUCCGUUUGAAGAUGGAUAUAUUGCGGACUCGGAGAUGGACUCGGAUGAAGAUAUUGCACACGAAGACGAGGCGUCGAUGCCCUUUACCAAGCCUAUGAGGUCUGCAUUCGAGACGACUGAUGAGAAUGAUGAAAGCAUCGAGCACGCGAAGAAACACCCCUUCCCCGUCAUCGAAGACUCAGAUCCGUGUCUACGGGGCGGUGCAGGUCAGUGCGACGACGAGGAGUGGUACGAGGAGUGGAGUCACCUCGUAACUCGAACUCACUGUUCAUGUCGUGUGUGUUGCUCGCCCUUCAAUCGGCACUGUGGACCUUGCACUCUGGGAACACCCGACUUCUACAAUGGAGCGGAAUUUGAGCGUGAGGGAGCUGAGCCGGAAUAUCUGGCAUAUGCCACACGCCAUGUGUUGGCUACGAGAUUUCAAAUUUGA